AUGUCACUACGUUCAAAAGCUGCUCGAUUCAAGGACGCCGAUCGACGCGUUCAGCGUUCGAACACUGCCCAACCGUCCAACAAUCUCGCCCCGUCUGCUUCUCGUACGCUGGAAGAGAUCUCCGUCUCCACACAUGGCGAAACGAGGUCAACGGCUUCUCUUCCACCUCUUCUCGAGAAGGUCGCACCACGGACGUCCCAACCCUCUCAUCCUAGCGCUACACCGUCCAACAUCGAAGUCAAAGAACCUUCCAUCACCACGAAGGAAGAACCUGCCCGCUCACAGACCACUGCACUUAUCAACGAGUUUGAAGCUGCCCUUCCGAAGCUCAUGGCGCUGGUUUUUGAAGCCACUGUGAAGACCGACGGCCUCGAGGAAGAGUGCAAGUGCGGACAUGGGCGUCGCACCAUUACUUGCCGCGACUGCACUCUUUAUCCACUCACCUGUGUGCAGUGCUUUGCGACUGCGCAUAAGCACCAUCCUCUCCACUGGGCUGAGGUCUGGAACCCUGAAGCUCGCUGUUUUGAGCGCAAAGACAUUUCCGACGUCCUCCCCCUCAAAUCCACGACCCCUUUCACCGUCGACCUUGGCCACAGUGGUACCGACUGCAGCUCUCAUUCCUUGCCUAUUCCCAUGACCCUUGUGGACGUCAACGGUAUCCACAAGGCCAACGUGCGGUUCUGUACCUGCCACGGCAUCCACGAGCGCGUCUCGCAGCUUGUCAAGUCCGGCUUCUUCCCCGCAACGCUUACACAACCACGCACGGCGUUCUCGUUCUCAGUUCUCCGCCAGUUCCAUCUUAUCCAACUUGAGGGGAAAAUGUCAGCAUACGACUUCUGCUCGACCCUCCGCCGCCUCUCUGACAAUGUCUUUACGGAUGAAAUCCCAGACGUUUACCCGCAAUUCAUCGUCGUCAUGCAGAUAUGGCGGGUCCUGGCUGCAACGAGACGGCUUGGACAGGCGCAUAACAUCGACACACUGCUGCUACAUCGACGGGCUAACAAUCUGGUUGUCCAUUGCCCAGUAUGCCCUGAACCGACUCUCAACAUUGAUGCAGGAUCUGUGGCACUACCUACGGCCUUUCGUCAUCUGAACCAGCUCCAGCUGACCGCUGACGGGAAUCAUCAUGCAAAUCAGUACAUGAAAAACACGGACCCUCUGAGCUGUUCACUGUUCAAAGGACGUGCUUACUUUCCAGAUGAAGAUCCGUAUCAGGCGUACCUGAAUAGCCUUGGCCCUAACGAGACCGAGAAAUCGACUUGUAGCCACCUCAACGCUGCUGAAAAGCAGGAUCGAAAGAAGUUCAAGCGGAUGAGAGUGACUGGUGUCGUCAAGAUCGAUUGCUCACACCUGUUUGUGAAGGCUAUGGUGGAUCUACAGCUCGGGGAAAGGUUUGCUAACACCGAUUAUGCCCUCCUUCGAGCCCUUCAAUUUUACAAGACACCUCACUCCCCGUCACCAUCCCCACCCAAGGCUCUACUAGGACCGUCUGGCGCCCUGGUGCCGUCACAGAAAGAGCCACCACAACCUCCGCCUGCAACAUGGAAGUCGCCAUACUCCGACAUUGUCCUUUCGUACGACAUCGCUUGCGGAUAUGCUCGGAAUUUAUCUGAGCGUGCUACUCGCAACUUCGCGCCCUCUCUUGAGGCUUACGUUGCGGGGAUUCGAACAAUCAUCCCAGCCGUUCACGUCCAGAACCACCAGGACAGUUGUAUGUACACCUACGGUCAUGCUUACACCUCGAACAUCGGCCACUUUCACGGCGAGACAGCGGAGCAAUAUUGGGCGGAACUCAACCAACUGGGCCCGCAGGUUCGGCAGAUGAACAACGGUCAUCGCCAGGAUGUUAUCAACGAUGCGAAUGGGGAUUGGAACUGGAAGAAGCUUCGUCAAAUGCACUCUACUCUCGAUGAUGAGAUCUUGAAUGCCCGCAACAUGUACUAUCAACAUCGCAUGAGCUUCUAUUCCCUUACUGUUCUCCAUCUUGCCCGUGUAUUGGAAUGGGAUAAACUUGAUCGAGAUGCUCGAAAGCAAGUCGGGAAGGAUAUUGAAUGUGUCUAUAGUCAUUCUAAGCGGAAAAUACCAUCUCAACAGUCAAUCUUCGAUGCGUUGCUCGCCAAGCGUUCUUAUUCACUCGAUCUGCCACCUUCGCUAUCCGGAUCGACAACACUAAAGGAUAUUUCACUGUUUGUGAAUGAAGGUAUAUCUAUCCAAAUAUCCCAACACGACUUGAAGAUGAAGAUCUUCAUGAACGAGAAGCACCCGAUGGCCUCGCUUGAAAAGGAAAUCCAAGCUGAUUCAAAGAAGCUGCAGAAGAGAGUUGACAAGUGGCGAUCCGAGCAGAAACUCUACACACCAUUGGUAUUAGAUGACGUCAAAUCCCAGGUAUCGAGGAACACCCCUAUCUCGAGUGAAAUUCUCUACCUCCCUUCCGACUAUGAUUCGAAGAGGCGGCACGACCUUGGGCUUGAUUUUCUGAUCCAGAUUGAGUCCGAACUUCGAGAAGGCCUCGCAUUCGACACGAUCAUGUCCAUCCAACAAUACGUGAAGACACUUGAUGCUUUGUGGCUUCACAAGCGAUCAGACUGCCGUGGACAGGACCAGCACACGCGAGCAGCUGCCCAGAUCGAGCGUGUUACUGCACGACGUCAAGCCUUGAUUGACCAGUACAACACGAACAGGUCAGCGAUGAUCUCUCUGGGACUAUCGACUCACGCGCGUAGCUUCCCACCUUUACGUGUCGAAGAUACGGAACGGCCAGCAACCAAGCUUAAGCGUUCAAUUGGAGACUCAAGAAAGGUCAAGAACAUCCUGGGAACGGGUAUUCAUACGUCGUCGAACCCUACAAGACCAAAAGGGAACAAGGCUAUCAGCUCGUCCCAAGGGACGACUGAGCUAUCCCAUGUGGACUCCGGGCUUUUGAAGACAAUGAGCGUGAACGAUGGAUGGAUUUGGCGGCUGGGUACAAUCGGAAAGCUUACAGAUGAGCAGAUUCGUGAAUGGGAAGAAGAGGGGGAUAAAGUGGCUUGGUUUCGUGCUGAGGCAGAAAUGGAACGAUGGAGAGAACAGUGGGAAAUCAAAUUGGUCGAGUGUGUCCGUUGCAUCCGCUCGUUCCGAAAGAUGUCAGAGACUUGGAAAAAGCUUUCGUUGUCCGCUGGAAUGGCCCUUUCGCAAUCUAUCUUUGCUAACAAGCAGGCGCAUAUGUUCAAGAGGCUUGCGGACAAAGUUGAAGCCGUUUUUACGCGCGUUCAAAAGAAUGAACCCACGGAAUAUAGAGAAGGCGAACCAUUCCUCGACUACAUCAAGAGGCAUCGCUCUAUCGAACUUUCUAACUUCCACGAUAGCUACAGGUGA